UGAAAUUAUCGAAUAACUAAUAAACGACCAGUAGUCCUGAAGACAACGUUCCACAGACGUUUUGUGGUAACAUACAUUCCGAUCAUUACAUCAGAUCCAAGAUCAGCUACAUUACGCAUUUUAUAAAAUCAAUUCGAGCAUGGUUCGCAGACAUCUCCUAGCAGGAUGCUCUGUUGUCAUUACAUCUCUGAUACUGCUGAGUAUGAUCCACUUUGCUGCAACUUUAAAUUUUAGCUAUAUUAGCUUCACUCCUGAUGAUCCUGAGAUAGAACAUGAUGGAGAUGCCUUCACAUCCAGCAGAGACAUCCACAUUACUAAAAGCUUGAAUCGACAAUCAGCUCUUUCAAGCAUUGGACGAGUUACUUAUAAACAGCCAUUGCAUCUAUGGGACAAGGCCUCAGGAAACCUUACCGACUUCGCUACCCGUUUCACUUUUGUGAUUGAUUCGGAGAAGAGGGCCAAGUAUGGUGAUGGGAUCGCAUUCUUUCUGGUCCCGAAUGGGACUAAGAACCCGUUAGAGGGUGCAGGAGGUGUAGGAUUAGGACUUACGAAUGAUAGCCAGCCUGUGAACGCCUCUGCUAAUAAUAAAUUUGUUGCUGUUGAAUUUGAUAUUUAUAGCAACUAUUGUGACCCGGAGAAUAUGAGUGAGCACGCAGGUGUUGAUAUCAACUCUAUGAUAUCUGUGGCGGUUGUGCCUUGGGUUAAUGGGAGCGAUAGUAUUAAGAAUGGGUGGACUAAUGAAGCUCGGAUAAGUUAUGCUUCUAGUUCCAAGAAUCUUAGUGUUUCAUUCCGUACAGGCUUAGAUGGCGAUGGUAGUGUUUCACAACAAAGUUUCAACUUUGUGGUUGAUCUAAGAGAUCAUUUGCCAGAUUGGGUCAGUGUUGGCUUUUCAGCUGCAACAGGAAAGUCAUUGUCUUACAAUAGAAUCAGGUCAUGGGAAUUCAAUUCCAGUCUGGAGUCUGAUGAAGAUAAAGCAGGUCCAACUCAUCCUGUAACAAACGUUCCGAGUCAAAGUGAUCCGGCAGCAGAGGGUCCAGCAGAGGGUGUAAUAUUGUCUAAUAAAAAGAAUAAGAAGAUGGGUCUGGUGGUUGGAUUGGCGGUAGGGGGGUUUGUUCUAGUUUGUGCUGCGGGCAUAUACCUUAUCUUGAAGAAGAAAAAGAGAGAAGAGAUUGAAAAUACUAUUCAGGUUGAGGAUGAUUUCAUGGAUGGUGAAUUUGAGAAAGGAAUUGGACCCAAAAAGUUUUCAUAUAGUGCUCUUGCUAUGGCAACAAGUAACUUUGCACAAAAUGAAAAACUUGGAGAAGGAGGUUUUGGGGAAGUCUACAAAGGCUUCUUGAGAGAAAUGAAUUUAGAUGUGGCUGUCAAGAGAGUGUCAAGAAAUUCUAGUCAGGGAAUAAAGGAGUAUGCAUCCGAAGUGAGGAUCAUUAGUCGUCUCAGACAUAAAAAUUUGGUGCAGCUCAUUGGUUGGUGCCAUGAACAGAAUAAUCUUUUACUUGUUUAUGAGUAUAUGCAAAAUGGUAGCCUGGAUUCCCAUCUUUUCAAGGGGAAGAGCUUGCUGUCUUGGAGUACAAGGUAUAAAAUUGCUCAAGGCCUGGCGUCAGUAUUGCUUUAUCUACAUGAAGAAUGGGAGCGAUAUGUGGUGCAUAGAGAUAUUAAAUCAAGCAAUGUAAUGUUAGAUUCGAGUUUUAAUACUAAGCUAGGUGAUUUCGGAUUGGCCAGAUUUGUUGAUCAUGACAAGGGCGCACAAACAACUAUUGUGGCUGGGACACGAGGCUAUAUGGCCCCCGAAUGUUUCGUCACAGGACAAGCUAGCAGGGAGUCAGACGUUUUCAGCUUCGGAGUUGUAGCAUUGGAAAUAGCAUGUGGUCGAAAACCUAUUGACCUCAUGGUGGUAGAAAAUGAGAGAGAAUUGGUAAAGUGGGUUUGGGACCUCUAUGGAAUGGAACAAAUUCUUGAAGCAGCUGACCCAAGACUCUCAGGGGCUUACGACGAGCAUCAAAUGCAACGGUUGAUGAUUGUCGGGCUUUGGUGUGCACAUCCAGAUAGUACCACUAGGCCUUCCAUCAGGCAAGCAAUUCAUGUUCUUAAUUUUGAUGCUCCAUUGCCUUCACUCCCACGCAGGAUGCCUGUGGCAACCUAUUCCACGCCUUUAAACUUUUCUUCGGUGUCUUCAGAAAGCAAGGCCACUACCCAGACAAGCCAAACUCAUUCUUCAGCCUAUAGUAACGGUACUGAUUCUUCAGUGUCUGCAUCUGCAGCACUUCUAAACAAUACUAUAUAAGUGUGAUAAUUAACAUGUAAAAUAAAAAAAAAAUAUUUCCAAUUUAUAUAUGAGUAAAUAAGAGUGAUUAUGUUUACAGCAUUCA